CGAGCCCCCGCCCGCCGCUGCCCCCUCCCCGAUGAGCUCCUACUUUGUCAACCCGCUCUACUCCAAGUACAAGGUGGCGGCGGCCGCGGCGGCGGCGGCGGCGGGGGAAGCCAUCAAUUCCCCGUACUACGACUGUCACUUCGCACCCGAGGUGAGCGGCCGGCACGCCGCCGCCGCCGCCGCCGCCGCUCUGCUCUACGGGAACGGCGCGGCCGCCGCGGGCUUCCCGCACCCCGCGCCCGGCGGGGCGGGGGGCGGCGGCGGCGCGGGCCCGGACUUUUACCAGCCGGCCGGGGGGAGCCCCACGGCCGCCUACCAGCCGCCUCCUCCUCCCCCCGCCGCGCCUCCGCCUCCUGCCCCCUGCAGCGGGGUUACCUGUCACGGGGAGCCCGCUAAAUUUUACGGAUACGAUAACUUACAGAGACAGCAGAUUUUUACGACACAGCAAGAGGCCGAGCUGGUACAAUAUCCUGACUGUAAAUCGUCCAGUGCUAAUAUUGGCGAGGAACCAGACCACUUAAAUCAGAGCUCGUCUCCUGCUCAAAUGUUUCCCUGGAUGAGACCACAAGCAGCGCCGGGUAGGAGGAGAGGAAGACAAACAUACAGUCGAUUCCAGACUCUAGAGCUGGAAAAGGAGUUCCUAUUUAACCCCUAUCUGACCAGGAAGAGAAGGAUCGAGGUGUCCCACGCACUAGGACUCACCGAGAGGCAGGUAAAGAUCUGGUUUCAGAACAGGAGGAUGAAAUGGAAAAAAGAGAACAACAAGGACAAAUUCCCCGCUUCCAGACAGGAGGGAAAGGAAGGGGAGGCCAAAAAGGAAGCACAUGAUCUGGAAGAAGACAGAGCUGAAGACCAGACAAAUUAAUUUUUGCCCCAAAUGUCUUUGUGAAAGUCAAUCAAAAAUAAGCAGGGCUAAAGCCCGACAUGUCGGCUCAUCCACACCUCUACGUGAUCUUGUCGUGGGACGAGUGACACCAUAUCCCUCCGUUUGACAUCUACCUGCUUCGGGUGCUUCACAUGUUUGUGCUUUUAUUUUGUUUAUUAGCGUAUCCAGAACGAUCUCUAAAUUUAACAUUUCCUCUACUUAUUUUUUCAAAUUUGAUACAGAGUUUCUAGCAAUAAAUUUCUAAUUAUAUACAUAUAUAUAUAUAUAUUUGCAAUCUUAAUGGACGGUGAUUGUGGGAAACGACAUAAACUUCCUAAUAAUAAAUAUUAAUAAGUAAGACAUUUAACAAUGCUUUAUUAAUCAAGACAAGUGCACUUGUACUAUUUUAAUUCUUGUUUUUAUCUUAUGUUGAAUAAAUUAAAUUAAUAAUCUUGAAUACAAUAUCACAGGAAUAUAUUUAACCUUCUUCUAUAAUAUUUGAUUAAAAUAAACUGAAUUUAUUCGAUUAUAAAAUA